CCGCCUUCGAGAAGGAACCGAGGGCGGGAGGCUCUCUUCGGUCUGACGGUAGUGAAGCUGUGUUCUCUUUGAGGGGUGUUAGGACAGUUGGGGGAGAAGUUUCUUUAGAUAGUGGCCGGCCAGGUCUCUCUCAGUUGAGGGACAGGAUAAUCCUCAUUCCUUCCAUUUGAGGGAUGAGUGCUUGUGGUUUCCUCAUUUGGGGAAAGCAGUGAGUGGGGGGGUCCCUUCAAUUUUGAGCAAGAAGUGAGAAUAGAUUCCACUCAGUUUGAAGGAAGAGGUGGGAUCAGUUCCCUUUAGUUGUGGGAGGAUGAGGGAAGGAUGCCCUUCAGUUUUCUGGGAAACGAUUGGGAUGAGUCAGUUUGAGGGGGCAGAUAGAACACGUUCUCCUCAGAUUUGGUGAAAAAGUGGGAUGGGUGCCCCUCAGCUUCAAUGAAAAGUGGAGACAGGCCUCCUCUGGUGCGAGAUGAGCCGAAUGCCCCUCAGAUUUGGAAAAGGCUGGGUGCAUCCCGCCUAGUUUGAAGGGAAUCAGUAGGCUGGGUUUGCCAUAGGUUCCUGUCAGCUUCGUGGAAGAGAUGAGACAGUUCCCUGUAGUGUGAUUGAAAGGGAGAGCCAGGUGCCUCUCAGUUUGGGAGAUGAAGAACAGUCUUCCUCUUCCCCUGGAAUGAGCUGGGCCAGUCUGGGCCUUGGGGUUUCUGGGGACGUCGGGGGCGGCGUUGUCCAUCACUGCUUUGGGGGAACGUCCAGUGCGCGUGCGCAGCUCAGGUCCGCGUUGGGGCCGGCUGGGGGUCCCGGGCUUGGGAGCGCGGCGCCGAGGGCGGCAGAGCACGGUCCCCUGCAGUCUGCACCCGGCCGCGCCUGGGCCCCAGACGAGGGUUGCUAGCCGCCCCGCGGCGCUGGCCGAGGAGUAGCCGUGCCCCUCCCGUCCUGACCGCGUCCCCCGGCGGACCGUCGCCCUUCCCACUGCGGGCUGCCCCGGGGGGUCGUGACCGCGCACCUCUCUGAAUCCGGUGGCGGCGGUAUUGCGGGAGCAGACUCGGAGGAGUAGGUUGUGGAACUUGGGGGAGAGCUGCACUGGGGAAUUUCCGGAGCUGGAACUGAUUUAGGGAGGAAGGAGGCCGGGGUCCCAGACUACGGGCGUCCGGGGCAGGGUCUCCGAGCCCGGACCGGGCUUGGGGGCAUCGGAGCCGGGAUUGGGGGGAGCGGGGCCCACGUGCCUGUGACGCGGGGGCGCCCGGUAGGUGGCGGCGGCGACGCGGGGCCGGCGGCCGUGCGGUGCCGGGAGGGCGGCUGGGCAGAAGACAGGAUGCUGCGUGCCGCACUGUCCCUGCUCGCGCUGCCCCUGGCGGGGGCGGCCGAACACCCCACCCGGAAGCCAGAGUCCCCGGGGGAGCCUCUCCCAGGCUUGGAGCUCUUCCGCUGGCAGUGGCACGAGGUCGAGGCGCCCUACCUGGUAGCCCUGUGGAUCCUGGUGGCCAGCUUGGCCAAAAUCGUGUUUCACCUGUCUCGGAAAGUAACAUCUCUGGUCCCUGAGAGCUGCCUGCUGAUUUUGCUGGGCCUGGUGCUAGGGGGCAUUGUUUUGGCUGUGGCCAAGAAAGCUGAGUACCAGCUGGAGCCGGGUACCUUCUUCCUCUUCCUGCUGCCUCCUAUUGUGUUGGACUCGGGCUAUUUCAUGCCUAGCAGGCUGUUCUUUGACAACUUGGGUGCCAUCCUUACCUAUGCCGUGGUAGGCACACUCUGGAAUGCCUUCACAACAGGUGCUGCCCUCUGGGGCUUGCAGCAGGCUGGACUUGUGGCCCCUAGGGUGCAGGCUGGCUUACUGGACUUCCUGCUGUUUGGGAGCCUCAUCUCGGCGGUGGACCCCGUGGCAGUGCUAGCUGUCUUUGAGGAGGUGCACGUCAAUGAGACUCUCUUCAUCAUCGUCUUUGGCGAGUCCCUGCUCAACGAUGCAGUCACCGUGGUGCUGUACAAGGUCUGCAACUCCUUUGUGGAGAUGGGUUCUGCCAACGUGCAGGCCACUGACUACCUGAAGGGAGUCGCCUCCCUGUUUGUGGUCAGUCUGGGCGGGGCAGCCGUGGGCUUAGUCUUUGCCUUCCUCCUGGCCCUGACCACACGCUUCACCAAGCGGGUCCGCAUCAUCGAGCCGCUGCUGGUCUUCCUCCUCGCCUAUGCAGCCUACCUCACUGCUGAAAUGGCCUCGCUCUCCGCCAUUCUUGCGGUGACCAUGUGUGGCCUGGGCUGUAAGAAGUACGUGGAGGCCAACAUCUCCCAUAAGUCACGCACGACUGUCAAAUAUACCAUGAAGACUCUAGCCAGCUGUGCUGAGACUGUCAUCUUCAUGCUGCUUGGCAUCUCAGCUGUGGACUCUUCUAAGUGGGCCUGGGAUUCUGGGCUGGUGCUGGGCACCCUCAUCUUCAUCCUGUUCUUCCGAGCCCUCGGCGUAGUCCUGCAGACCUGGGUGCUGAAUCAGUUCCGGCUAGUCCCUCUGGACAAGAUUGACCAAGUGGUGAUGUCUUAUGGGGGCCUGCGGGGGGCUGUGGCCUUUGCUCUCGUCAUCCUACUGGAUAGGACCAAGGUCCCUGCCAAGGACUACUUUGUAGCCACCACUAUUGUGGUGGUCUUCUUCACAGUCAUCGUGCAGGGCUUGACCAUCAAGCCACUGGUCAAAUGGCUGAAGGUGAAGAGGAGUGAGCAUCACAAACCUACCCUGAACCAGGAGCUGCAUGAGCAUACUUUUGACCACAUUCUGGCUGCAGUGGAGGACGUUGUGGGGCACCAUGGCUACCACUACUGGAGGGACAGGUGGGAGCAGUUUGACAAGAAAUACCUGAGUCAGCUGCUGAUGCGACGGUCAGCCUACCGCAUCCGGGACCAGAUCUGGGAUGUGUACUACAGACUUAACAUCCGGGAUGCCAUCAGCUUUGUGGACCAGGGAGGCCACAUCUUGUCUUCCACAGGUCUCACUCUGCCCUCUAUGCCCAGCCGCAAUUCCGUGGCAGAAACUUCUGUCACCAACCUGCUGAGGGAGAGUGGCAGUGGAGCGUGUCUGGAUCUUCAGGUGAUUGACACGGUACGCAGCGGCCGGGAUCGCGAGGAUGCUGUGAUGCAUCAUCUGCUCUGCGGAGGCCUCUACAAGCCACGCCGUAGGUACAAAGCCAGCUGCAGUCGCCACUUCAUCUCAGAGGAUGCGCAGGAGCGGCAGGACAAGGAGGUCUUCCAGCAGAACAUGAAGCGGCGGCUGGAGUCCUUUAAAUCCACCAAGCACAACAUCUGCUUCACCAAGAGCAAGACACGACCCCGCAAGACUGGCCGCAGGAAGAAGGAUGGUGUGGCGAAUGCUGAGGCUACAAAUGGGAAACCUCGAGACCUGGGCUUUCAGGACACAGCUGCUGUGAUAUUAACCAUGGAGUCUGAGGAGGAGGAGGAGGAGAGCGACAGUUCAGAGACAGAGAAGGAGGACGAUGAGGGCAUCAUCUUUGUGGCUCGGGCCACCAGUGAGGUUCUCCAAGAGGGCAAGGUCUCAGGAAGCCUUGAGGUGUGCCCGAGCCCACGAAUCAUUCCCCCCUCCCCAACCUGUGCAGAGAAGGAGCUCCCCUGGAAGAGUGGGCAAGGGGACCUGGCAGUGUAUGUGUCCUCGGAAACCACCAAGAUUGUGCCUGUGGACAUGCAGACAGGCUGGAACCAGAGCAUGUCAUCCCUGGAGAGCCUAGCAUCUCCUCCCUGUAACCAGGCCCCAACUCUGACCUGCCUGCCUCUCCAUCCACGGGGCGCUGAAGAGCCCCAGGCCCCUCUCUAUCCGCCUUCUGAUCCACGCCCUAGCUUUGCCUUCCCCCCAAGCCUGGCCAAGGCUGGCCGCUCCCACAGUGAGAGCAGUGCUGACCUCCCCCAGCAGCAGGAGCUGCAGCCUCUUAUGGGCCACAAGGACCACACCCAUCUCAGCCCAGGCACCGCUAACUCCCACUGGUGUAUCCAGUUCAACAGAGGCAGCCGGCUGUAGCCCAGGGUCUUGGGGAGGAGCAGGUGGUAGAAUCCCUGUGGGAAAUGCUCCCUGGGCGAUGGGUAGAAUCCUUGCAACCUGACAUGAGGCCAGAGGGGUCUGGGCUGAAGUAGCAAUUGGGCUUCCUUGGGGCUGGUCACAGGGGUCACCUGAGCUGGUCCUCACAGGGGCCUUUCUCGCCACCUCCCUGCUCCUAAUCCCUGCCACCUUCCAUUUCAGUAAGGCCUCUACUCUGGCUCUGGAUUCAGUCCAGGCCUUCUAGGGGCUAGGCCCAGAGACGUGGGUUGCUGGUCCCCCUUCCCUAGUGGGUUUUCCUGGAGACUCUAUAGGCAGCUGCUCCUGCUCCGAAAGCUAGGACGUCAUUCCUCAGUGAAUGCCAGCCUUCCCUGUCCCCAUUCCCUCCCCAGCACUGGGUCAGUGGUACCCUGGCAGUGAGGCUCCGUGAGGGGCUGGCCCUCAGAGGAACUGGAGUGGGAGGUGGGGCAGGCCUUAACCUUGGGCUUUGCUGCCCUGCUGGGUCAGCUACCCAUAGUCCAUUUUUUUUUAGGGCAGUGGGAACCUCUGCUUCCAAUUCUUGCUUUAACCUCUUCCCUUUGCUGUCAGGUAUUGGGGUAAUGGUUCCUCCUUUUCUAAGACCAAGGCUGGGGUGACUGGGCUACGCUUCAGUUCAAGACUGCUGCUGAGCUGGGGUCAUUCUGGGAUCUGCUGCUCUAGGUCCAAGUCUGGACCUUUCCGAUCCUUGGGUCUGGGUUUUUUGAGAAGGGGACAUAGUGGCCUCUGGGCUGUCAUGUCACCACCUGAACAUUCCCCAGAAAAGGAACCCAGUGUCUCAGGGCCACUGCUCCAUUGCUCUGGGGGCUGGGACGUCUGGCUAAGCAGGGGCUGAUUGGGUGGCAGGUGAUUUUCCAGGGGUUAGCACCUGCCUUGUGUUUUGUACCUUGAACCUAAGAUAUAUUAAACAUCUCUCAGAUGGA